UAAGCCAGUCAUGGUGAAUAAAACUACAUUUUUUAUAAUUAAAUAUAUUUAUUAUUAAUAUUCGUUCUCUAAUUCAGUUAAUCUCUGUAGAAAUUCCACCUGUAAUAGAUUCUUAAUUCGAGGUGGAAGCCCAUUCAUCCCAUCUGCUAAUCUGAGACAGAAAUGCUGUGUUGGAGUUAGCUCUGUAGUUGGUAUUCUAUUUAUAAGCCAGUCAUGGUGAAUAAAACUACAUUUUUUUAUAAUUAAAUAUAUUUAUUAUUAAUAUUCGUUCUCUAAUUCAGUUAAUCUCUGUAGAAAUUCCACCUCUAAUUGAUUCUUAAUUCGAGGUGGAAGCCCAUUCAUCCCAUCUGCUAAUCUGAGACAGAAAUGCUGUGUUGGAGUUAGCUCUGUAGUUGGUAUUCUAUUUAUAAGCCAGUCAUGGUGAAUAAAGCUACAUUUUUUUAUAAUUAAAUAUAUUUAUUAUUAAUAUUCAUUCUCUAACUCAGUUAAUCUCCGUAGAAAUUCCACCUCUAAUUGAUUCUUAAUUCGAGGUGGAAGCCCAUUCAUCCCAUCUGCUAAUCUGAGACAGAAAUGCUGUGUUGGAGUUAGCUCUGUAGUUGGUAUUCUAUUUAUAAGCCAGUCAUGGUGAAUAAAACUACAUUUUUUUAUAAUUAAAUAUAUUAGAGAAUUAUGGCACGCGCCGAUAGUGGCAGUCACUAAUAAAAACAUUCUUAUUCUGACAUUGUUGACAGUUACGCAUGCGCAGUUUUAACGACAAAUAAGGACGGUCACUAAUAAAAUAAAACCCUUCCUUAUUUGUGACAAGAUAGUGAAAGGCAGUAUUUUGUCACUAUUCAUGUCGUUAUUUUAGGCGCAUGCGCAACAAAUUUUUAUACAGAUCUGUGGGUGCGCCUUCGUUUAUGAUCUUAAGAUCAGAACCUGUAGAGCGUCGCGUCGUGUCAGAACAGUGUCAGAACGUGUGUUACUUUUUAACUUUUUGCCUUUUGCUGUUUUUGUUGCCUUUAUUUUUAAUAAUGAAUAGCUGUAAUAAGUCUACUAGGUUGCGAUUCACCUACGAAGACGACCUAGUAUUAUUGCGGGAGUUUUUAAAUGUCAACCCCAUAAUAAACCUACAAGGAUGGGAAAUUAUUCAAUCGAAUGUGGCCAUCACAACGGGCAAAAAUUAUUUAAUAAAAACGCUGAAACAGCACGUUCAACGCCUAAUUGAAUUGUUCUUAAAUAAAAUUAAAGUUGACGAAAUUAGAUCGGGAAUUGAGGAACCCCCCUGUGAAAAAAAUAUUUUGCUCCAGGAAGUAAGUUCCCUUGUACAGGAACAUAAAUAUGAUUUUAGAAAAAAGAGAUCCACAUCAUCGUCCUCAUCUAAGGAUCACAUGAUCAUGGAAAUGGGGAAGAAACCACGAGAAGCCUGUCCCCAAACAUUUGGAGAGAUAGAAGAAGGAUUGGUGGAAGAGGAAGUUAUUAAUGAGGUUCCAGCACCAAUGGCUGUAGAUGAGCACUGCUAUUUUAUUCACGAAGAGGCACCUCAAGAAGAGAUUAUAGUGGAAGAAAUAACUAAGCCUACAGUUCCUCCCACCCCUAGCACUUCCAAGCAGAGUAAACCAACUCCUGCUAGUAGAAAAAAAAUCUUAGGUCAAACUAGAAAAAAAGAGCCCUUGAGAAAAAAUGCCCUGCUAUAUCUACAAGAGAAAAAUGAGAGGGAAAAUAAUAUUAAAAUUAAAGAACUCGAGUUGGAGGAGAGAAAGAUUUUAAUUGAAGAGGAAAAACUUUCGCUAAAACGAGAAGAAAUGCGGUUACGAGAAAAAGAGUCGGAACUACACCACAAAGAGGUGAUGGCUAAAUUAGAGGCUGAAAAAAAUCGUGGCGACCUAGACAUUGCAGAAAGAAAACUAUCAAUACAAUUGAUGCAAUCACAGCAAAAGUUGAUUGACCAAUUGCUCCACAAGGAAUAAAAU